AUGGCUUCCUCCAUCAACAGCUGCGUGCUGCUACUGGACCUGCCGCAGAACGCGCUCGCUGGCAUAGACCUGCUGUCUUUCACAACUUCACCAAGAUUCAAAGGCGUCAAGAACCUGCCCCCUGGCCUACACUUUGUCUUUGCUGCAAGCGACAGUGCCCUCUCGGUCAGACAGGGAGCUUGGUUCUACGUGUCGCCCGGGACUGGCUCGCCGCAAGUUUUCGUCAAGAGGUGGCAUGAACAGAGUGAAGACCUUGUCGCCGAAACGUCUCAGACAGAAGUGCUGAGAUGGAAGGCGAACCUGGGGAGCAUAUGGAAAGACGGCCUGACCCCGUAUCGACAGACAGUGCAAGAGGGUGACUCUGGCGCAGAAGGUGACUGGGAGGAAGAGUCGCAGGACUGGGAUGAGCUCACAUCGAGAAUCACGCAGACGCUGCUAUCCCGGAUAUGCGGCCUCAACCCCGAUCACUGGAGCCUGACAUCUGCAUCCUCUGGCUUGCUGGAUUUAGAGUCAAUACCCGGCCUUGAACAGAGCAACUCCACACUACAUCCAGAGAAAGAGCUGGGGUUCCUACCGGUUGAUUUGAGGCGGACGUGGAGGGUGGGAGCGACGGGGCGGGAACGGACCGAAGCAGCACAAGAUAGAUCCUGGUUCUUGGGUGAUCUGAUCGACAACCACAGCCAGGCCGGUGAUAAGCGAAGCCGGGAGUUUGAAGUUCUUGGUGAGCUGCAGUUUGCGUUCCUCAUGGUCUUGACGCUCAACAACAACUCGUGUCUGGAACAGUGGAAGAGGAUCCUGGUGCUGCUAUUUACCAGCCAGCAAGCGAUCAAGGAGCGUUCCCAGCUGUAUCUUGAGUUGCUACAGACAUUGCACGUUCAACUGAGUCACUGCGUGGACAUGGACGGCUUCUUCGACAUGAACGAGGUUGGUGGUGGCUUCCUGCGACCGUUAUUUAAGAAGUUUCGAAAGAACCUGGACGACUUUGAUGGGAAGUGGAAGUCAGACAUGGUGGAUGAACUGGACGAACUGGAGGACUUUCUUCAGAGAACAUUUGGCUGGGAACGUGGCGAUUCGUUCGUCAAGCGCGGAAUGCUCGACUUGGAGGACGGCGAGCGUGUGGAGAUGGACGUCAACGAUGCAGAUGAAGACGAUGAAGCUGGUGACUAUGCUCCAACAAUCGUCGAGUUAACACCAGCACAGCUUGACGAGCUAAACGGAAGCGAUGUCGGCUCCAAGAAGAGUACGACCGAAGACUCGGAGGAGGAGGCUGACCUUGACGACAUGGAUGAGCGGUAUUGA